CUUCUCGGAUUGUGAUGCUUUCAUCAAUACAACUUGACAUAGUUAAUUAUAAAAAUAUAUAUCUGAUUUCACCUCGUUGAUGCCCCAGAUUGCUUUCCAGUGGUCUGAUGUUUUUGAGGUGAGUGUGUGAGGGGAUGAAAGUGGAAGAUGAUAGUUUUAUAGAGGAAGAUGAGUUGAAGCUUGAAACAGGAAGUAAGAUGGAAAGAGGGGAUGGGGGAUUCAUGGUGUCUGGCUUUCUUUGACUAAAUUCAGUGUUUGGAAAGGGAUAAGAACCUCUCUUUCCUCCAGUCUUACUCCAACUGUUUCCCAAUACUGAAAUUGGAAAUAAAAUAAUCAAAUCAUGAAAUUGAUAAAAAAUACUCGCAUAUAAUAGAUCUGAUUCCAGAAUUAAAUACGAAGCUACCUGAUUAUGUUUACCUUUAAGAAAAUGAUUAUUUGAUCUGAGUAGUAUAGUGAUCUUUAAAACAUACCAGUUAAACACUAUUAUAUAGCCAUUUUUACGGUAAUAAACUGAUAUAAGACAGGAUGAUCAGUAAUUUUUUAAAUUUAUUUUAUGUUUUUGUGGCAAUCGAGUAUAUAAAAGAGUUGCAAAAGAAAGUUCAAGAACUUGAAGAUAAACUUAAAGGAUUAGAAGAAGAUGAUUUAAAAUCUCACGAAGACGAAGUAGAGAUCUGCAAACAGAAAAGAGCAAAUCAACCCUCAUCUGUUAAAAAAGGGCAUACUAAAACCGAGGUUAAAGUGGAAGUACAUCAAAUUAGGGCUAAAGAGUUUUUGGUUAAAAUUGUUUGUGUUGAUGUCCACGUCACCACUUGUAAUGGCCAAGUCUUGAACAUUCUGAAAGUAGAGGUAAAAGGAAAAGAGGUUGCAACAGAGAGUUUGAAAGAUUCAUUGCUAAAGAAAUUGGGUGUCAUGUAUGCUUAUUAAGUCAAGGAUCAGUUAAUAGUUUAGAAUCAUAUUGUGUUAAAGUAUUUGAAUAGUAUUAUUAGUAUAAAUGAGAGUUGUAGAAAGCACAAACCUAAUACUAUUUUAGCU